AUGGUGGACUUUACCCAUAUUCUGCAUCUGGGCUUCCAGUUGCACCAAUUUCAUAACCCUGACGGCUUCUAUGGCAGGGACUUCGAUCUCGCUUGGGAUAGUUACUUGGGCCUUGACUUGGUCGACAACGGCCACUAUGGUGGGAUCCAGUUCGCCAACGAAGAAUCCGGAGAAAUGUUCGUCACGGUGCUAGGUGUCAUUCGCAGCCAAUUUCGCGUGGAAGUUCAGUUUAGGUCGAAGUCAAGGCAAAGUCGGGGCCGAAGUCGAAGAAGGCGAACCUACGACGAGCUUCGAUUUUGGGCUACAACCGCGAACGAAUACUGCGAGUUCUGCAUUUUGAUCAAAGACGUUCUUGUAUCUCACUAUGGAAAAGAGUACAUUGAAACGAAAUUGGCGCAAGGAUACACGCAGAAGCUCUACCUCUACCGAAAUCCACUUGACUUGACUGUCGACAAAUUCGAUGGAAACAAUACCUGGAUCGACGUGGAAAAACCUUGUUACCUCGCAAUCGCAUGCAGCUCUCCUAAAGCUCUUUGGGGUAUCCCCGGGGCGACUUUCCGCCGGGAGGAUAGGGCUCGAAGUGAUGAGAGAAACAGGGAUUGGGUCAUGCCUGCGAUCUUUGCUGUGAGAUCUGAGUUUGACUACACUAGUGGGAGCAUUCAACGUAUCUCUAUGGAGCAGCCCGGUCGUCUCGUGAACCACAAGCAAAUUGAUUGGACGCUUAUCGCAACAUGGGACUCUGCAUGCUCACAUGGCAUAGAGGAUGCUCCGGGCCAUACAGGGAGCGAAUACCGCUCUCGGCUAAGAGUCAUUGACGUCGAAAAGGCGUGCAUAGUACGAUGCCCACACAGUGCCCCGUACGUUGCACUGAGCUAUCAAUGGGGUUCAGACCAGAACCUCAAGCUGAAAAAGGAGAACGUCGCCCUGCUUGAAACAUCAGGCUUCUUCGAUACGCCUGAAGGCCAACCUGCACAAACAAUUCGGGACGCUAUAGCCGUAGUUAAAAAGCUAGGGUACAAGUACGCCUGGGUUGAUGCACUGUGCAUUAUCCAAGACGAUGUCGACAACGUUGUCUUGAACGUGGACCAGAUGGAUCAGAUAUACCGAGGAGCUCACCUCACUAUCGUCGCUGCAGCCGGUAAAAAUGCCUACUACGGCCUUCCAGGGGUAUCCACAACGCCACGAUCGGAAGUUCAACUUAAAGCUGUCAUUGGCGACACUGUAAUAGCUAGUAUGCUAGAAACUGGCCAGGGUGCAAUUGACUUUUCACGCUGGAGUACUAGAGCUUGGACAUAUCAAGAACGUCUUCUUUCGAACCGGCUUCUUAUCUUCACAGAAUCUCAAGUCUUCUUCAACUGCUCCGCAGGCUGCAAUUUUCAGGAACAAUACCACUUCAUCCCCAGCUCCAUGCACAGAUACACAUUAAAUGACCCGCAAGCCAGUUUCGACUUCGAGACGGACGAUCUGUGGGAGGUAUAUGCUAUCGCCGUAUCGGAGUAUACGAAAAGAGUGAUGACGGACUCUCGCGACAAGGUGCGCGCUUUCAGCGGGAUCUUGAAGUUUCUCGAGCGACCUUACGGAGCGCCCUUUUUUUAUGGCCUACCGACGACCUUAUUUGAGGUCGCCUUACUCUGGAAGCCUCGGGGCGCUUGCGAGCGUACUGAGCUUGGAUUCCCUAGCUGGUCCUGGGCCGGAUGGGAUGUUGAUGUUUUGUACGAAAUGCUGGAUAGCAUGAACAAUUUUUGCGAAUGCCUGGUCAGCCAGGCUCAUAUUUCGAUACCGGGAACAAAUCUAGAGCUUGCUGCUUGCGUCAAAUCACCGCCGCAGACUCCCCCUCAAUGGGAUCGCCAUUUUGACGAGGACGAACUCACGAUCCAUUACACGAGUAGCGAUGCUACAUUCGCCCGCUUCCGCUACCCUCGGCCGCUACCGCGUGUGCCUGAAACAGACUUCAUGCGAUAUGCCUCGAUCAGCUCGCCACUAUUGCACGUUACUGCGAGGACCGCCACCUUCCUCUUGACUGAGCAGCACUCCCACACGCGAGACAAUCACACGCGCAACAAGACACCUUGCAGGGACGGCGCUCACGAGCUUUGCUACCUCGCUAUCCUCGAUGCUCAGAAUCACACAGCCGGCACUAUAAUCGUGAGCGGGCGUCUUCUCCCUCAGCUGGCGAACAAGACACACAGUUUCCUCGCUAUCGCACGCUCCACGCUAUCCCGCAUGGACAACGACGCGUCUUGGGAUGCCACAAACAAAAGAUUUACCUUCUGGACAGAGCAAAGCCCCGAGUCGCAGCAACAGAGCACACUUCUACUAGAAGACGGUCCUUCACUCGGUACGAAAUUUGAUUGGUCGGUAGGUGCCGACGAAGAUCAAACCCCCAACGACGACUUCUUCGAUGCUAGGUACUUCAGUGCUGGCGUUUACUGGCCAGCGAUAGAUGUGCUGCUGCUUUCGGAGGAGAAGGACGGAGUGGUUGAGCGGUUGGGUGUUGGGAAGAUCCAUGUCGAUGCAUUUGAGCCUAUCGCACAGCUUGAGCAAAUCUGCUUGGGGUAA